AGAUAAAACCGGCUCGAGAUAAAUACACGAUUGGAAACCAGUUGUUGGUCGGUCUGCCUACAUAGCGCCCGCGCUCUCCACUCGCGCUAAACUAUUGCAAAAAGGAUUUUAACAAAAAGGUUACAAUGCUGCCGGUCCGACGACUCGUUGCCAAGAAGAUCCUGGAGCAAUGGAAGGCUCCAGCUGUCUCCGCCGUCCAGCAGAAGGAGUGCUACAGCACAGAGGCGCCGCGGCCGCUGUCGGUCCUCACUGAAGAUGAACUGGCCAUGAAGGAUACUAUCAGAAAACUGGCAACAGACCAAAUCCUCCCGCUGGUCCGCAAAAUGGAGGAUGAGCACAAAAUUGAUGACGGCAUCAGACAACUAUUAUUCGACAACGGACUAAUGGGCAUCGAAACCCCCGUGGAAUACAGCGGGUCAGGCUGCGGCUUCCUCACCAUGAUGCUGGUGGUGGAGGAGCUGUCGCGAGUGGACCCGGCAGUCGCCGCCUACGUGGACAUCCACAACACGCUCGUCAACUCACUGUUCAUGAAGCUAGGCACUGAGGAACAGAAGAAGAAGUACUUGACGAAGCUUUGCACGGAAUAUGCUGGCAGUUUCUGCCUGACCGAGCCGUCUUCCGGCUCUGACGCCUUCGCGCUCAAGACCGUGGCCAAGAAAGAUGGCGGCCACUACGUCAUCAACGGCUCCAAGAUGUGGAUCUCCAACUCCGACGUCGCCGGCGUGUUUCUGGUCAUGGCUAAUGCUGAUCCCUCCAAGGGCUACAAAGGCAUAACCUGCUUCAUCGUGGAGCGCGACACCCCCGGGCUCAGCGUGGCCAAGCCGGAGAACAAGCUCGGGAUCCGUGCGUCGGGCACUUGCAUGGUGCACUUCGACAAUGUCAGGGUGCCCGAGGAGAACAUCCUGGGAGAGUAUGGGAAGGGCUACAAAUACGCGGCCGGUUUCCUGAACGAGGGUCGCAUCGGCAUCGCGUCCCAGAUGGUGGGGCUCUGCCAGGGCUGCAUGGACGCCACUAUCCCCUACACGCUGGACAGGAAGCAGUUUGGCAAGAGCAUCUACGCUUUCCAGGGUGUAAGCUACACAGUGGCGCAGCUCCAGACUCAGCUGGAAGCCGCCCGCCUGCUCACCUACAACGCGGCGCGGCUCAAGGAGAACGGCAUGGAGUUUGUGAAGGAGGCCGCCAUGGCUAAAUACUUCGCUUCAGAAAUCGCCCAAACCCUCACCUCCAAGUGCAUCGACCUCAUGGGCGGCGUCGGCUUCACGCGCGACUUCCCCCAGGAGAAGUUCUUCAGGGACGCCAAGAUCGGCACCAUCUACGAGGGCACCAGCAACAUGCAGCUCCAGACCAUCGCCAAGCUCAUUGAGAAGGAAUAUACUCAGUAAAAGAUGUAGUAAAGGAUAAUGUGUAUUUGAUGUGAAUAUCAUGUGCCAACUUAAUUUUAACAUUAUGUAGGUGUGCAUGGAUAUGUAAAUUAUG